AUGGAGUUCCUAGUGGAUUAUGAUUGCACCAUUAAGUAUCAUCCAGAGAAGGCUAAUGUAGUAGCUGAUGCUCAUAGCCGUAAAGCUCAGGUGUCCAGUUUGCAGGUAAAAGAGUGGGAACUAUUAGAGAAAGCUGGGAAAGGGAAUCCUCAACUUAAGUCCUCAGCAGUGCUUGUGAGCAAUGUUAAGAUAACUUCUACUCUAAUACCUCGUAUAAAAGAAGCUCAGAAGGAUGAUUGUCAGGUGCAAAAAUGGAAGGAGAGAGUUGAAAAGAGAUCGAUACCCGAUUUUAAUGUGAACUCAGAUGGGGUAUUGAGGUAUCGUACUCGGUUGGUUGUACCGCAGGAUACAGAUAUUAAAAGGGAGAUAUUGGAAGAAUGUGACGACCCACUUCUCCCAAGGGCGAACCCGAGGUAUGGUCCUCUCCCUCAUGAUUACCUGGAUUAUGUCCAAGAUUCCCGGUGUUACUCCCCUGGCCCUGCUGAUUCACCAUUCGCUCUAGCAGAUCAGCCAUUCGCUGGAUGGCUAUAG